CGGUUGAGUUACCUAAUUAUUAAAUAAGAAACACUAAAAAGAGAGAAAAAGAAAAAAGAAGUAAAUAAAAAGUUAAAGAAGAUAAAAGUGAGAUUGUUUUUCAAAAGAGGCAUGAUUAAAAGGUGAAUUGAAUUAUCCCAAACACCUCUCUCUCUGGAGCUUUGCACUAGUUUACGAAAUGGGCGGAGAGCUGUUCGAAGAUUUGCCUCCGCUGGCUGCGCCACCGUCUUCCGCCAAUGUUUCCCCCGUCAUUCCGACGGAGAUUUCGCCGGCACCACCACUUCCUCCGCCUCCUCCUGCUCUGAAAAGUGCCCUUAAACGUACUAAACCACCUACUGAAUCACAACCUGAAACUUCUGCUCCUGAAAAAAAGCGAUUGAGGUUUAAAACAACCACUGAUGCCUCGGAGACACAAGUUAUUGAGGCCAUGAAAAAAAUAGCAUUACAUAUAAAGAACACCUCAAAGUUUAGCAAGGCGUCAAAGCUUGCGCUGCAGCUGAUUCAGGCUGGCAGUGUAAAGCCUGCUACUAGUGAUCAUUUCUUCGCCAUUCUUGAAGCUGCAAUGUCAUCGCUCUCCACCUGUCAUGAGCCCUCGGUACGAGCGAAUUAUCACGAGUUAUUCACAGCUGCACAAGAUACAAUCGAGUGUUUUCCAAAGAAACAGCAAAAUAUGAUAACUACGUGGACCAUGAGGGCUGUGGUAGCUAAUGACCUCUUCACAGACGACAGUUUCGUGUUUUCAAAAGCAACCAACAGAAUUAAAGAAACAAUUUCAAAUCUUCCUGUUGCAACUCAAGAUGAUGAUGGAGAAGAGGCUGCUGCUUUGAAAGAAAAGACAGAAGCUGCGAAUGAAGAAGCCGAGACAGCAGAUGAUAAGGAAGAGAGUGAUCCAUUUGGACUUGAUGAUUUGAUUCCGAGCACAUCAAAGGGGAAGCGGGUCACCCCGACUAAAUCAAGAAAAGGACAAGAAGAAGAAGAAACCAAGAGAUGCCUGAGAUCACAACGAGAAGCGUUGAUUUCCUGCUUAGAAAUUGCAGCAAAUCGUUACAAAACACCAUGGUGCCAAACAGCUAUUGACAUCUUAGUGAAGCAUGCCUUUGAUAACGUUUCAAGGUUCACCUCCUGUCAGAGAGAUGCUAUUGAGAAACUUUGGGCUUCUGUCCGUGAUCAGCAAGUUAGGAGGAAGCAAGGGAAAUCUGUCUCCGGGAAACUUGAUGUAAAUGCUUUCGAGCAUCUCCAGCAAAAAUAUGCAAAUGAGAAGAUCAGCAUCCGUCGUGCUGUUGGAGGCAGUGGGGAUCGAAAGUGUCAACAGUGGCUUGGUUGAUUUGAUUUGAUUUCUGUAGUACACAAUCCUUUGAUCAAGGCACAUCUGGCUGCAGAAUUAGUCAUUUUGUAGUUAUGAAUUUAUUUUACUAUGAGAAAGAGGACUACCAAAUUUGACAAAUACAUGAAUUCAAGGGUUUGAUUUAAAGUGAAACGCUGCCAAACAGAGGCGGAUCCAGGAUCCGGACUCUUCGAGUGCCAAGUAAAAUUAUCGAUACAUUUACGACGCUUGUUGCUCUGUUUUAAUCAACAAUGUUGAUACAUUUACGA